CGGACAAGAGAGCGUAACAGCAAGACAUACAAGACAUCCCGAGCAAAUGGAAGUAACAACUGGAGUGUAAAAAAGAAAGAAGAAGAUAAAAACAUUAUUGCAUUUAUAUAAACAUUCCACAUACAGAACUGGAUGCAAAACAUAUGCACAAACAAGACACAAACAAAAGACACAAACAAACAUCAUACUAUUCUAGUGACUAAAUAAGGACUACGUUUGUGUGUAGCCAGCUGGCCACAGCUGCGUUGGCUUUCGGAAAUUAACUAUUUAUCUAUUAUGAAAAACAAACACUCCGCCAUUUGGCUGUAACCUCACGUCAUCGUCCUGUAGUGCAUGUCUACCGAGACCCGAUUCAUUCUGUCACUACCUCAUACCUUGUAGCACAAAAUGAAACCUUCGUGAACAACAACAACAAAAAAAAAGGAAAUAGAAGAAGAAAGUGUCAACUUGAAGAAACAAUAUUUAUCUUGUGUUGGAAACCCACGUUGAAAAGUUAAAAAUUGAAACAUUUAUGUUUGCGGAACAAGGAGCAGGUUGGGGUUCUUUUUCACGCUGGUUUUGAGUGUGUCUUUUUUCAGAGCUGUAUUUCGUUAACGAGGAAAACACCUGUUACAGAUCAGUGUGCUUUUUUACUGUUAAACAAGACCAAAAAAGCUUAUGAGUCAGAGUGUAGUGUAUUAAACAAAAUUGUUGAAGUGUUUUAAGGUAUAUUGAAGAACAAAAAGACUUGAAAGUGACAGUAGCAAAAUACCUGUGUUACUUGCUGUUAUCAAGUACUUCAUCACCUGUGGAAAGUGACAUAGCAUGCUUGUAAUGAAAAUGACAGGAAUUGAAUGCAGUGAAAAUGACCCAUUUUGCUGGCAAUGGAAGUGACCCAUUUUGCUUAUGGAGAUAAUGACUCAUAUUGCUUGUGAUUGAAACAACAGGUUGGAGUGAAAAAAAGGCUCUUUUUGCUUACUGAGAAAAACACAUUCAGCUUGCAGUGAAAAAUGACCCAUUCUGAAAAUAGGAAAAUAACUCAACAACAGUGAAACCAACACAUUCAGCUGGCAGUGAAAAACUACCCAUUUUGAAGAUCAGAAAACAACUCAACAACAGUAAAAACAACACAUUUUGCUUGCAGUGAAAAAUGACCCAUUCUGCAUGCAGUGAAAAAUGACCCAUUCCACUUAGGGUGAAAACGGCCCAUUUUGCCAGUUAUAUUGCCGUUUCCGGUCGACUGUAUAAAGUCUGAAGGGCAGACUGGAGUCCAAAACCGUGUUACUUUAUUCUUACUGAUACUCGGAUGUGUGUCAUAAAAACACUUUCACCUUGAAUAGACACCUGGAUAUUGAUAUCAUGUUAUAUACACACCAGCCUUUCAUUGAGAUUGUCCCCGCACUAUAGAACUGUGAUAUUUCUGUUCUGUCAUCCGUGAAUUAUUCUGUGAUCCAUGAAGAGAGUUGGUAUACAAACCGAACAGAUUUACAUUACAGAUAUUGAACCACAGAUGUGUGAAGAAAAUACUUUAUAUGAGAGUCUGGUGAACAAAGAUGCAUGCACAUUUCAAGGAUUUUUAAAAUGAAGAGUGAAAAUGGUCUAUAAAGACUGGAGCUAGAUAUCUGUGUCAGUUUUAGGUCAGAAUAAGAGAUUAUGACCCAAUACAUUUUCACUCCAGCGAUUUGUUAAAUCAAGCAGAAAAUAAUUUUUAAGGAGUGCUUUAAAGACCUUAAAGACUGAGUCAGAUUGUUUGAUUUAUAUUACAGAAAAUAUUUUACAAUUUUUUUAAACAUAGAGUAAAAGAUUUCAGGCUUUUUUUUUUACAAUAACAGGUUUUAUAUAUAUAUAUUUUAAGAGUAACAAUAUCUUUACUCCACAAAGUUCUCAAAUCAGUGAGAAAAACAAUUAUAUUAAUUAUAAAUGGGAGUGUUGAACAAAUCUGCACAGAUUGAGUCAGUAAUCUUGGGUUUAAUGUAACAGUAUCAGAUUUGAUUACACUUCUAAACUGUCGUCCUAACCAGGAAAUAUCUGUCGGACGAUCCCAACACUCACCUUCCUGUGUAUAGCACUGACUCAUAUAUCUGAGUGUGUCUGUACUACAACUACAGCCAGUAAUAUAUAUAUAUAUCUAUACACACAAGUGUGUGUAUGUGUAUCUGUGUUUGUACAUGCGUGGAACAAGCACAAACUGUUGAGUGGACAGUCAGAAGCGAUUGUAUUAGUCACAGUGUGUGACGAUACACUGCUGUGUCUUGUAUGUGACGUGUGUGAUAAGUCGGUUUAAGGACGGUGCAUACAAUCCCGUAUCUCACACCAGCAUCACCGCUGUGGUAUUUCCUAGCCGCAUUAAGGAUGACCAGUGUGGGAUAGAUAUAACACUUGUUAUUACAUAGACGACACAUUGAUUUUCCGAGGAGUGUGAUAUUUCGGAGAAAAGGACAUACAUAUAAUUGUGAUCAUUACAUUUUCAUAAGUUAUUUUCACAUGAUUGGAGGAUAAUAAUUUUGAGUGAAAUGUUUAUAGGUGAAGAAUAAUUACUUGGACUUAAGUGUCAACGGAAAAAAGUGAGAAGUUUUUCAUUGAGUUUAUAAGCCUUUUUUUAAAAAUUAAAAUUCAAAGCCUUUUUGAAUUUGAAUUAUUUAAAAAAAAUUUUUUUAUAAAAAGUUGUAUUAAACUUUUGUAAUUUCUGUUUUGAAUCACCAAAACCAGCGGAAAAGUGAUAUUAAACUUCUGCAGUUUUGUUGUGAAUCACAAAAAAAGAAAAACAGUGAUAAACAUUGCACAGAUAUUAUAGAUUCUGUAAUCUGGACAACGUCUGUGAUACAAAAAAACAACCAAAAUCAGUAUAUACCAAGGACAGUGACACCUAUUACAUGGAAUAAACAAGACCUCUGUGUGACUUACCAACUAAACAAUUCUACAGACACUGUUGACACCCACACAUACGUGGACACACCACAGUCAACACUGGACAAACAUGGGGGCAAAUCACUCUCACGCUAACGACCUUGGAGUACGGAACUCUUCGCUGGAUAAGAACGGAAUAAAAAACCCAGGGAUAUCUGGAAUGCCAGCCAAGCAAUGGAGUUCUGCAAGAGGAAAGCCAAGCCCGCCAUCAGGAGUUCCCGUGGUAACAGACAUAACUCACAAUUCUUUGAUGCUGUCAUGGCAUCCACCAAAAUCUAUCAACGGUGGAAGCAUUCUCGCAUACACCAUUAAAAUGCAAAUUGUCAAGAAUCGGGAAUGGCUGACUCUGACGAAAAGCUGCCAGGGCAACAAUUACCUUGUAAAAAACCUCGAACCAAACUCAUCGUACCAGUUUCGAGUGCGUGCCGAGAACAUAUAUGGCCGAAGCAAAUUCGGACAUUGUUCAGAAAUCGUUCAGACGAAUAACUUUAACUUUCAAAAACUGCCGAGUCCAUCGACAGAACGGAAAUCACCAUCGUUAAAAAGACGACACAGCGUGAAUAUUCACGUGGAAGGAACGGUGGCUAACAUUCUCAACCAUUCAGAUCCGGUUGUGAAGACGUCGGUGUCUGCCAGUGCUCUGAACGACAGAAAUUCGACAUUUCAGAGAGAUAUGUGUUACAGGAAUUCUCUGCAGCCGACACGUAAACGAUCAUCAAUCAACACCAUUUUACCGGGAACUAAAACCGACUCGUUACUAAAACUGAAAGACUCUCAGUUGAAGCAGAGUUCAAGCAAGAACAGUUUCGAAGACAUAACGAGAACUUGUUCCCAUGAAAGCAGCAUCGACAGAAUUGAAAGCGAAAGUAACACCGACGACCAAUCGCUGAUCAGUGAUAAUUUCCUACGGGAUCUUAAUUCUCAUAAUGGCGACAUUGAUGAAACAGACGAUUCUGAGAAACCAAUUUCCGACAUUUCCGAAUCGGCUUCUGGCGACAUCAAGUUUGUUUUUUCUUCACGGACAGCAAGCUCGGAGCACAUAGGCUGUUCUGAGAAUGGCUUGAGUGAAGAAAGUGUGACACUGACCUCUGAACACCGAUCUCCCUGCGACUUUCGGACGUUGCGCAACAUGCUGAAUUCUUCAGAUAUCAUCAUCAAGUCUUCGAGAUCGCUGCCCGAGAUUUCGGACGUGUAUAAGACAAACAUGACUCAGUCUCAUACGCUGAGCACCAUCAUUGACGAGGAUAUGGAUGAUGAGUCUGUCCAAGUCACGACGUUGUAGUAGUGGUAGUUGUAACCAACAAAUGACGUUGUGUUUGCACGUCGUAGUUGUACCAGCCAUAUGAUAUGGUGCCCAUCAUGAUGAGUCUGUCCAAGUCACAACGUUGUAGUAGUGGUAGUUGUAACCAACAAAUGACGUUGUAUUUGCCCGUCAUAGUUGUACCAGCCAUAUGAUAUGGUGCCCAUCAUGAUGAGUCUAAUUAAGUCAUGACGUUGCAACAGUGGUAGUUGUAGCCAACAAAUGACGUUGUGCUGCCCUACAUAGUUGUGCCAGUCAUAUGACGUAGUGCCUGUCAUGAUGAUUCUGUUCAAAUCACAAUGUGGUAGUAGUUGUUGUAACCAACAAACAACGUUGUACUACUUGUCAACAUUGUGCCAGUCACAUGACGUGGUGCCCGUCAUAGUUGUACCAUCGUAAGUUCUACCUGUCAUAUGAUGUUGCUGUGCCUAUCUUAACUGUACCUGUCAUAUACAAUUUGUGGUGCGUGUCAUAGUUGCAGUACAGUAUUUGACAAAUCCACUAGCCUUUGGUCUCGGCUAGUGAAUUUGUAGUCUGGGCUGUUUUAUUGUAAUACAUUGGGCACAAACCAAAGCUUCUGUGAGAGCUAGAGACUUUAUCAAACAUUUGUCGAUAAUAGCUGUACCUAUCAAAUGACAUUAUGGUGCCCAGCAUAGUUGUUGUGUCAUAUGAUCUGGUGCCUAUCAUAGUUGUACCCUGUCAUAUGACGCUGUGGUGCCUAUUAUAGAUGUGGUACCUGUCAUACAAUAUAUUAGAUGUUUUACCUGUGAUUUUGUUUUAUAGCAGAACUUAAUUCUGUUGUACAAUAUUGUACACACUGUAGUACAAUGUAAGCCUGUCUUGCAAUAUUGUAGACGAUUUACCUGUUGGGUGAUGUUUUAGUAUAAUUUGUACCUGUCGUCCAAUUCGUACCUAUUGUAAUGUAGUACGAUUUAUACCUGUUGUAAAGAUUUUAAAACAAACCAUCAAAACGUUGUUAUGCCCCCUGUGUGUUCCAGUAGGGAUGGUGUCUGUAUAGAGUAUGUUUAAAUUUUGUUUCAAGUGCUGUAUAUUUGUUCUGUUGGAACUUCUUGGAACAAAAUUUAGUGAUAAAAUGUUAGCGCAAAUGUGUCAACUUUUGUUGGCCUAGAGCAGUGAUAUGUAGCAAACGUUUAUAAAGACUGAGUAGUCAAAAGGUCUUUAGAGACUGAGUUCUUUAGCAUUUAUGGACGCCAUAGAGAUGGGGUUUUCUGAGGGGGUUUAUUAGUUGUUAAUUAAUAUGAUCAUGCUGCUUAGAAAUUAAAAUGUUCAUCAUUGAAGUUUCUAUUUCUACUGAAGAAAAACUGAGUACACCAUAAUAAUAAAAUAUUGGCAACUCUGAAUUCAAUGUUUUCGGUUAAUAGAUUUACCAGAAUGUUGAGUAUUUUACAAACACAGUAAUACUAGCAUAAUAUUAUUGUCAGUUUAAACAGUGGCAGAAUUUUUUAACAUUUUGUUUUAUAUAUAUUUUAUUAAAAUUAAUAAGUCAUGAAUAAUGUGAUAUCAAUUUUAUAAUCGGUUUUUUUUAUUUUUACUUUUAAUGUUAUAACUGUUAUUUCAAUGUGUCUGUUGUAACCAUGACAACAGAGGAAUUACCCUGACAAUUUCCUCUUGUUGCUUAUGAUGUUACAAAGACUGUUAUAUUUUUUGCUUUUUUUUAAUUAUCUUUUAUUAAUUACCUGUAUUUCAGAGGUAAUAAAUUAUCACAUUUUUAAUUUAUUAAUUUAUUUUAAUUUUUUCCUGAUGCAGCCACUGGGCUGUUUAUAUUGCUCAUGAUUUUAUUUAUUUUUGUAAUAUUUGUUAUGUUACAAAUCAUUUACACUAUUUCUAAUAAUGGAGAUUACUUUGUUGUAUUCAACAAUGUGGUAAAUGCUCAAUUAAAGUAGCAUUCUCUGUUAGCCGUGAAAGUAGAACCUACAAUAAAGUGCACCUUUGAAUACCAACCACCUGUUCUACUGAAGGCACUUGACUUAUUUAACCUCUAUGCAUGGGUAACGUGUUUAAACAGGCCACAUGUAGUAGGUUUUUUAACAAGGUCUCUACAUAAUGUGUUUUAGUGUGUUGGAGUUGCUUUAAUAAAACAAACAAGAAUAACCCCUUUUCUGAUUGGUCAGAUUUUGACCUAUACUUCCAGAUCUAGAAAUCUGCAUCCCUAUUGGUGGAAUUUUAUUACUUUUGGUUUUUCUUUUCCAUUUUUUAUGUUGAUUGCAUAGAUCUCUUUUGUUUGUAGCUUUAAAGCUUUGUAAGCACAUAUUUGAUUGGUCCAAUUUGAUUAAAUCUUUACAAUGAUUGGUUGCUUUAAAAUAAUUUACAAAAUUGGUUAUGAAUAUAUAUUUUUUAAACUUGAACUCACGAUUAAUAUACCAACUUGUUUUAAAUUGUAAAUAACAAGAAAAUAGCAUUUAAAGGAUCACUCAGUCUUUUAUGACUUUGGGCAUGACAGUUUAUUGUCAUUUUUUUUCUGUGCCUUAAGAAAAGUCUUCAAAAGAAAAACCAUAUCAAAUAUAGUUUUAUAUAUACAUGUAUAUAUAAUACAUGCUGCCUAUAUAAUUUGUAGUUUAUAUUUUACCAUAUUUAUUUUAUGUUGUAAAUUUAUAUCAGCUGCCUAUAUCUAUUUACUCACAAUGUUUUUUUUUAUAAGAACUUUAAUGAUAAAGUCCACAGCAAGUGAUAGCUUUAAUAUAUUAUCACAGUUCAAAUGUCUUAUACAUUGGGUGAUGUCAGCACUUUUUUAUCAGUUAAAUAGAUGUAAGUUGUCCCUUGCCUAAUCACUAAAUAAUUGCUGAACCUGAAGUUGGAUAUAUAUUUUAUAAUAAAUUUGGCAAAAUGUUGGCCGGUUCAGACCAGUUAAGAUACACAUAAUUGCACACAGGUGAGAGGUCAGGUUAAGUGUUUCUGAAAAGAGGAAGCUGUAAAAGUUUGACCUUAUUUUAAUAAGAUAAUGUUUGGUUUAUUUUGAUUGGUGGAAAAUUGUUGGGGUUAAUUUUUAUUGGUUAAAUUUAAAAAAAAAUUAUUUUGAUUGGUAGAAAAUGUGCGCAUCACCAAAUGUAUAUACACGAAGACAAGGUAAACAAAAUAUGAUUUAGUAUAUAUAGGUACCCAGAAAAGAGACCUUUGCUGUUACAAUGAACCUUGUUGGCCAAGAUGAAAUAAAGUUUAGUUUAACAAAA